UGACGACACAGUGAUGUCACACCAGAAUGGCGUGUUGAUGUUUACGUUGUUUUGUGGUCCACAGCUGAUCGUGUUUUUUCUAGUCUCUAAUAUGUUGCACAGAAGACUAUUCUGUUAAGAUGCCCUGGUUUAACUGGUCCGAUGCUAUCAAGAAACGGGCCUGUCGUUAUCUGUUGCAACGGUAUCUUGGACAGUUCUUGCAAGAGAAACUGACUUUGGACCAACUCACAGUCGAUCUUUACAAUGGCAAAGGCAAAAUCACGGACGUUUGCCUGGAUGUCAAGGGUCUCAAUGAGCUCGGCGAAACAUAUAACCUUCCAAUCCGUUUUGUGGAUGGCUUCAUAUCGUCGAUCAAUGUGGCCAUCCCUUGGUCCAGGCCUCUCAAGGACAACACAAUCGUGGAGGUCGACGGACUCAUGAUGACUGUUCAACCUAAACAGAGGACAGAUGACGCUUCCAUGUUUGAAUCCAUGUGGGGCAGCAUGAUGUCGAGCAUGCAGCUUGCCGAGGAGUACCUCAAGCAGGACCCCCUGGAAUCCGAGAAGGACUUCAACAUUGCGGAGCCUUUGGCGGGAUUGGAGCAGUUUGCACAAGCCAUCGAAACUGUGUUCUGCCGCAUCAAAGUCAGGCUCACGAACACAACUAUUCGAGUGGAGCAUGUGCCAGAUCCAACGGGCAGCAGUGGCGUCGCGCUGGAGAUCCGGGUCAAAAGCAUCGAUUAUUUCGACCAAGCCCUGACUGACGAAGAAAUUGCCGGAGAGACAAUAGCGCAGCGUGUGCAUGAACCAGCGGCCCUGUUGACGAAGAAGAUACUCCUAGAGGGCACCAGCCUUUAUACGGACGAGUUUUCUUUCCACAGGGGGUCGUCCAUGAACCAUCCCACAGUUUCAAAUGACCGUUCGUCAGAUAGCACACCGACCAUUGUUGUCGGAUCACCAGACCUUCCACCACAGCACAACUUUGUCAAGGAAGAUUCUCCUGUGGCACCUGACCUAGACUCAGAUCCAAUCCCCAUCUCGAGGCUAACUGGAAGACAGGAAAUUAAGUUGACGCUCAAGCAGAACGAAUCACUUGCCGGUCCCAAUGUCGACGUUGAAUUCAACCUCGGCCAGAUGCCCCUUUUCCUGUCACCGAGACAAGUAAAUUUGCUUUACAAGCUGGCAGAAGGGUUUUAUUGUCCAGGUGAGACGUGUAAUCUCAAAGUGAACAACGUGCACAUCAGAGCUCAAGGGAAGCCAAUGGAUGGGAAGGAUUAUGUGAGAAUCGAAGAGGACCUUCAGAAGCAAAUUUCGAACCACACACUGCCGUCCAAGGCACUGGGCAGUGUCGCAGGGUGGUCGACGCACUCACUAGCUGACUCUGAUGAUGAGUACCUUCCCAUGUCAAGGUGUGGUGCGUCACAUCUGAGUGGAAGUGUGACGUCUGAUAUGGACUCGUCUACUUCGAGUUCAACGUACCACCCGGUGUCAGCAAAACAGAGGAGAAAACCGAAGUCGAAAUGUACUGCUCAAGGCAUCUUUGAAGAUGUGUUGAUGGACCUAACCCACUUCACUGUGCGCUGCAGCGCCGUAUAUGCUGUCAUUCUCCACGAUGAUGUUCUACCAUCAUCAACACACUGCGCUGCUCAACCUGGAUGCCCCUCAUCAAAUACGGCAGCUGAGAUGCAUACGUUAGCUGAAAACUUCUUCAAAGGUCUCUCCGGGUGUGAUCUGCGUGAUCUUGCAGUAACACGCAACCGAGUUGUCCGGACAUGUCGCUCCAGCCACUUGAGCGUUGCAGCCACACCAGUAACCCUCGAAGGCACCGAGAAAUCCUCCCCGUGUCAGUGGAUGUUGAGCAUCUCGAUGUCGAUACUCAACCUCGAAGUGCUCGAGUGCUUGCUCGACGGUGUCGAAAGCAGUGACUCGUCACUGAGGGAUGCGCAGUACAGCGAGAUCCUGUCAUCGUACAGCAAAGCUGGGGAUGCCACCUGCCCAAUUUCACCGUUCCUCAGAAUGAAAUGCGAACACUUGGAGAGGACCUCGCAGAUGAAACGCUGGAUAGCUGUGCGAGGAGUUCGUGAGCCGGUGACGAACAUACACAUCGAGCUCGGCCCUGCUCAGACGGAGGUUGACUGCUCGCUCGUCGACCGCAUCUACGCUCUGCUUCAUCCUCCGCAGCAGCUGUCAAGUAAUAAGAAGAAGCAGGUGGAUAUCUGGCAGAUGUCUCAAAACGGAGGACACACCAGUCUGUCAGCUUGCAAAACAAACAUAACUUUGCAUAGUCCAUUCGUUCAAGUCAACCUCAGGUUUCCGAUACCCGACUUGCGCCCGCAACAUGACAUGGAACGUCUUCCAUGGUGGCAGAGAAAUGUUCGACCGGACAUUCUCACGCUUGAGCUCACAGAACCGAAAUUAACGAUGACGCUGGAAGAUUCGGAGCCAGAUCUUAAGUUUGUACUCGAGUGCAAGGACGCGCAUGCUCUAUACCGCGAGUCUCCACUAGCAACGCCAGUAUCUUUCCUUCGUGUCUUUCUUGAUCCAAACAUGAAGGAAGAUGGGUUUGAUUGGCCAAGGUUGGAGGUGUGCAUCAGCCCAGCCAAUAAGCCAUCACCUCUGGAAGUUGAAGAGAAAGAUGAAAGAAUGAUGCCUUCAAUGCUACACGAGACGAUGAUGAUGAUGGACGUGGACCGUGAUGACGACUCCCCGUUUACGACGCGGCAGGUUCUUUACCGCGAAGAGAAUGGCAAUGUACCUGGCAGCCAAACUUCGAAAGAGUCUGCUAAUGAAACGGAUGAAGUAGUCACACCGGCAGAUAAAGCUCAGCUGAAGAGUUUUGUGGAGAAAGCGAGCAACAACUGUCGCAUGUCACUUGACUUCUCUCUACCAUUUGUUGAGUUGUACAUGCCUGACAAACACUUCUACGAGGUCAUCUAUAACAGGCUUACCAUGGACCUCGUAUUAUGGGAGCCAGCAGUCCCGCAACCUACUUGGAAGAACGAAGUAAUGGCAGGUCCAUUGAACAUUUCGAGUCAGCUCGUGCAAGAGAGUUCCUACUUCCAAGCCUUUUCAAUGUGUCGAUCGGGAUUGCGUGGGGAAUCGGAUGAUGAAUCGGAUGAGACCUCGUCAAUGUUUCAUUCUGUGUACGAAAACCGUCACCGUCACCAACUUCAACAGAAGAAAGAGAAAUUGCUUAGUCAAGGGUCACAGACUCGUCUGGUGUUCAAUGUUCAUAUUACGAAAGGACUGGCAACAUUGAUUACACCGCUCAGGGAUGCACAAGGCAACGUUGUGCCUCAGACGCACGGUGAAAUGCAGCUGCUAGUCGGAGACGCGCAGCUAUUCGUAGCGUCGUGCUACUGCGGAAAUCCAGAUACCAACUACGUUGUUGUGACUUCGGCUGCGGCGGAGCUCUACCAUAACGGAUUUAUAUCCGGAGUACCCGAGGCUCGUUUACUGGAACCCAGAACAUUGGCUCCUUCGCACAAUCUCGAGGUAGUCCUCAAAAAAUCGCCAGUCGGGAUCCUGCCAAAGUCUCCUCCCGUCGGCAUCACGCCAGAUCAGGAAGAUGUGGAUGCGCUUUCCCUAGUGAUUAAAAUUGAAGCCAGUCGUAAACAAGAUCUCAAGGUGAUCACAGUUGCAGUGGGCAUCAAUGGCACAACCAUGCGUCAUCGUAUGGCACCGCUUUCUCAGAACUGGGUCAAACAAUUUAUCGACUUCUUCGAUGUCCUGGAUUACCCCAUCAUGGGCUACACUCCAUUGGGAGUUGUUACGGAACUGCACCUUGGCUUCAGCGAUUGUGCCAUUGACUAUAGGCCCAAGUAUAUCCCCUAUCGUGCUGUUGUCACCAUGGAGAACUUUAGUAUCUCGAGCAACAUAGCAGCUAAGACACCAACGUCAUUACUGAGAAUCAUAGCUGAAGAAGUCUGCUUGUAUAUCUCUGAUAAGGUUUCAAAAGAAGAACCUAACUUGUCUAGAGAUUAUGUAUGCGUCGUUGAUACUGGCCUAUUCGACCUCACCCUGCGGACUACAGUGGACCCCAACAUUCCCACUCCGCUAGUGGACCUUUGUGCCUCUAACAACAUUGUGCAUGUCCGGACGUGUGCCGAUUCCUGUCGAGCCCUGCAGCGUGUAGUGACAUAUUUUGCGAGCGACGGUGACCUCAGGGACGUCCCUUCUGCAGCCCACACUGUUGCUGCUCCAUCAAGCCCAGAGAAUAAGAGCUUCUUAAAUGUCGAAGUUGACCAUUUCCAUAGCCUAAUGGCAGAAGCAAUGAGAGAAUCUCUGAGUGGCUCACAGAGCUCGAGCACAGGUGAGCAUGUUCUUUCUACCUCAGAGGGCGAUUCUCCGCCAUCACUCAUGCGCAUCAACAGCAGCGACAGCAACGACGACGAUGCAGAGACCCAAGGCCCUGGAGUUGUUCCUAUCGUGAAACCUAGGGAGCCCAACGAGCAGCGUCGAGGAAGCCUUCGGAGCAGCUCAAGGCGAACCACCGAACGUCUUUCGGACGAGGAGUUCUGCAUUCUGGAAAACGACCCUGGAACCGGAAUUAUCCCCCGCAGCGGAGAACCGCACGUUCGUCUGCUCGUAUCGGAACCCAUACGUUUGAUUGAGAAUCAUUUCUCCAUACCCCUGCGUAAAACUGACCAGCUGCGAACACCUAAGGGCUUCCCUCGGGCACUGCAGAAAUACACCCUGCGAGAGAUGUCACUUGUAUGGCACCUGUAUGGAGGGAGUGACUUUGGAACGUCCAAAGCAGAAACGAAAACCCAAAGGAGAAGUGAUGCAUCCUCAGACAGCCCCGAUGAGGAUGACAGUAUGUUUGACAACUGUGGAGGUGUGGUUUUUCAGCCUCACGGGGGUGUGACAUUCAGCAAGGCGAGCUACUCGCCCACUUAUGUCACGCAGCAGCCGCCGACUCCUACGCGCCACGCAGAGAAAGAAGGUGGACCGAGAAGAAGGACUGAUGUUUUAAUGGAGCUGCAAAUGAACAAGAUAAGAUUCCAGCAUGAAGUUUACCCCCAGAAUACUGUUCAGGCAUCGCGACAGGUCCUGUUGAUUCAUGACGUCGAAAUCAGAGAUCGCCUUGCAUCAUCAGAGAUCAACAAGUUCCUCUAUCAGUAUGCUUCAGAAAGUAUGCCACGGCAAGCACACGCUAACAUGGUAGUGUUAAAGAUGGUCCACAUUCGUCCUGAUCCGGAGAGUCCCGCUCAGGAAUGCAGCAUUAGGGUGUCUUUGAAGCCUCUACGAUUCAACAUUGACCAGGACGCCCUACUCUUUCUGUAUAGCUUCUUUUCUGAUGUAGCUUCUGGAGGGACACCACCGGAACCGAGAGACACAGGGGAAGAACGGCACGUUCAUUUUACGGAUGCCUCACCGUCGUCACUUGAACCGAGUUCGUCCUGCGGGUUGACUCCUACGGAACCUGGGCAGCUAUUCAUUGUGCUUCAAGAUGAAACACUGGAAGCACAAGAUCUCAUUUCUACUGGUGGAACAUCGCCUCCAACAGGAAGUACAUCCCCAUUGUUUAUUAGGUCAUUUGUUUUUUCACCUGAUGUUCCAAUUCGUGUGGAUUACCAUGGAAAAAGAGUUGCAAUGGACCAAGGUGCCUUAGCUGGUUUACUAAUGGGCCUAGGACAGCUGAAUUGUCUCGAGGUCACACUAAAAACACUCAGUUAUAGGCAUGGACUCUUAGGUGUUGACAAGGUAUUGGCGUAUGCAUGCAAUGAAUGGCUCAAUGACAUAAAGAAGAACCAAGUGCCAAGUGUGCUAGGUGGUGUUGGACCCAUGCACUCGUUUGUUCAGCUUUUCAACGGCGUGAAGGACCUCUUGUGGCUGCCCGUGGAACAAUACAGGAAGGACGGGAGAAUUGUGCGUGGACUACAGAGGGGUGCGAGUUCUUUCACGACUUCAACUGCCAUGGCGUGCCUUGAGCUAACAAACAAACUGGUGCAAACGAUACAAGGGGCAGCAGAGUUGGCGUACGACAUGCUUUCACCAGGACCAAGCCUCAAGGCGGAAGCUCACAACCAGAAUUAUAGGGUCUACCCUAACACCCAACCUGUUGACAUCAGGGAAGGCGUCACGAAUGCAUACCACGUCGUUACCGAGGGCUUGGGCGCUACCGCCCGCACUCUGGUGCAUGCCGCGUCUCAAGAGCACCGCCAGAAAGGCAUGAGCGGCGCGGUGGGAGGGGUCCUGCGUCAGCUACCCCCGACAAUGGUCCGCCCCAUCAUCUUGGCCACCGAGGCCACCUCUAACGUUCUGGGAGGCGUCCGAAACCAGCUCGUUCCGGACGCUCGGCGCGAGGCGGUCGAGAAGUGGCGACAGGGUGGCACCCAGCAGUCUCCCUUAGCUGCAGCAUCACGGUGAACAAAUUGACCCUGAUGUACAGACAACUACUUUGAAGGGCAUGUAGAUAACAGAUCGUCUGCUGAUGGGUAUUCUCCACUUAUCAAAAUGUCUUUUCCGCAUUAGUAAUGCUAUUAAAUUUAAAUGGCUCCUGCCCCAGUCUACAGCACAUUACCAGCAAACAAAUGGCACGGUGGGAAAGAAAAAAAGUCCAGUUUCUUAUCGCUUCACGUUUUGUACACAGUAGAAUGCAAGGCUUCUCACUUCCUCAAGAACUUCCAGGAGGCAAGGUGGUCGUCGAUGUUGUGUUUUGAGAAUGUGGUGUGACUAGCAAACAAAAUACGUAGGGCUGCUUUGACGUAUGGUUCUUCACGCGGUUGCUCUGUGACAGUGGUACUUCGUCAGCAUUUUGAUCAGCCACAAACAUUGCACAAUACUACAUGCACAGUGCCCAUGCAUGCCAUUGUCCUCAGUGAGCACAUGAUGAAAAUUCCUGGAUAUAUUUCUGCAGGUAAACCCUAGCAAAAAAAAAAAAAGAACUGUAUUUGCUCGCAUAAACAGUGCACCUUUUUAAAAUAAAAAGGUGCCACGGAGGGUUGUGCUAAUAACACAAGAAAACCCUGUGCUCAUUCUGCGUCAUGGCGGCCAACAUCGUGUGGUAGUGCCAGCGAUGAUGCUGAAGUCGUGGUGCGUGACAUACCAACAUUUGAGAGCCGAAGUUGUGGGGUGCAUGAAUUACAUAAGCAUGUUAGUAAUGCUAGUAAAUACAAUAAUCGCAAAUAUUCUACACUGCAGAUUAUUGCAGGGCAAUCACUUCGAACAACAUUUCUAAGCUCUCGAAACGCAGAGCUUUCCGAGAGAUACGAGGGUUAUCCAGAAAGUGUGUUGCAGUUUAUUUAGAAAUGUUUUAUUUGCACUGGAUUCCGCAUAUCUUGAAUUACUCUAGGACAGAACCUGAUGAAGAGGCAGUGAGUGCUUGUGGCGGGAAUCAACCCCCAUAUGUAUCUGAUUGUCAGUUAAGUCAGGUUACGAUGCGCCGACAUCACACUCUCACUAAUGUUGCUUGAGCGUUGGCGAGACUGAAGUGUUGUGUGCGUCCUAAUUGCUGAUUCAGCCUCUACAGUUGACAUUACUAUCUUUAAGCUACGUUUCUACACAGUGUCCACCAUUAUUGAGACAUUUGUCAUGAUAAGGAAUCCGCUGUUGCACCCCUGCGUCGCGGAAUGAUGCCGCCUGUUAUGAAACUAAAGUAUGGCGGUCUACUUCACCUUUAUAUCUUUUUCGUAGGCAUGUGCGAACAUAAUACCGAAGGGAAUAAUUCUAUAUUAGAUUAAACUUGUGAGUCGAAUAUGGAAUUCUUCAAGGCAUUUAUAUAUAUAUAUAUAUAUAUUAUCCUUCACAGAUUUUGUAAUAAAAGAGCUCAAGAAGGCAGCAUAGUUGUUGCUUUUGCAGUUUAGUUGUACGGCCAGGCGGACAUCCUCUCGAAGAGAGUAUGUAACUACAAGACAAAUAAUUAUCCAAAAUUCAUUCAUUAACUAUUUAAUUCAGAAAUUCCAGGCAUAUUUUAUUAAAUAUCAGGGAUAUUUCAACGCACAUGCGCGUUUCAGGAGUCUUAAAAAAUUGAAUGGAUUUCCACAAGGAUUUCCCUCCCAUUCUGCUAUCUCGCUUUUGUCCAAAAUUACCUAAUUAAGGAGUUAAUCAGUUAAUUUAGGUGACACAUUAUCUUCGAGAGGACUCCGUACUGGCCGUACAACUCAACUGCAAAAACGACACCUCUGCUGCUAUUAUAGCUUUCUAAUAACAAAUCUGUAAAGGAAAAGAAAUUUAAAAAACUCUGUAUAUAUUCGAACUUCAAAUCGAAUGGUUUUCUUUCAAACCGAAUAUGUUGGAGUAGUUCUGAAGCUGCGCACGUAAGUCAAAGUGAGAGCUACUUCAUAUUCUGAUUCGUCUGAAUAUAUUGUGUAUACAUGCCGUACAGAUGUUUAUGUCUGUACAUGUGCCUCGUGUGUAUCCGGUUCAGCUUUAUAACCACAGUCAAACUCCUUUACAACGAAACUCAGGGGACAGCAAAAAAAAUUCGCAGUAAAGGUAUUUUCGUUAAAAAGGAUGUCCAUUAUUGGACCUAUAGGCUCCAGCGGGACCGCAAAAAAAAUUUGCUGUAGUGGUAUUUUCGUUAAAAAGGUGUUCGCUAUAAAGGAGUUUGACUGUAUUCGCUUCGGUUCUAUAACAGCUUGUUUCGUGUUGGCUUUGGCUCUGCAUCUAUUCGCUUCUGUUUUAAAAUAAUUAUUUGCUCGUGCCUACUCGUUCAUGUUCUGUGUCAUCUUUGAGAAAACACCUGCUGAGACCAAAAUGUUCUUGUCAUCUGUUCUCACAAAACAUGUUUGUCUGACAGCACGCAGCACAUAUGAGAUGCGGCGGGCUGCUUUAUUGCCUUAAACAUUUUAAGUACGAAGAAAGAUGCAUCAACGCCGCCCUUUUGUCUCAAAAUGGUGCCUGUGACUCCCCAGUGGACAAACGAGCUCACACACAGAGUGCUCUAGACUGCAGUCUGGCAGGGCCACUAUUUGCAAAUGGAACUUACUUUCUGGAUGUGCCUCGUACAGUCAAAGUUGGAACUUGUACAGUGAAAGGCGAAUGCUGUUCCUUGAGGUGUGUUAACUUACAUAUUGUGCUAAUAUAUUGCGAUUGCACAAAUUGUCGUUCCACGUGCAGCAAAGCAAGUCUCGGACCCUGACGCGAGCUAUCGAGCACAGUUCUAUAACCCGUGUAGGUGUCGGCAAAAACUUUUGCGUUGUGAUGCAACGGAGGAUUGCAUUUAUGUCACUCUUACUCUGCUCAAUUUCGGGACACUGGGCCACCCCAGCUAAUGUUUCACAUAUGUGAGGUGCUUGCACAUUGUUGAUAUCAUGCUACUAUACCGGUGCAAUGUAGUGCGUCGAGCUUUUUAAACUCUCUACCAUGAUUUUAACAGAGCUUAUGACAGUAGAAAUGUAUCUUAUGUCUGUAGAAAAGUGUGUGUGUGCUGCAGCUCAUCCACGUCAUAACAGAGCUUUUGUUUGAAAAAGUGCGACAUAAAGGCAAUUUUUUUUUGUGCAAUAAAAAUGCAAAAGUUUGCCUAGA